AUCAGAGCCUCACCAAAUAUAUGGUCAAGCACGUCUCGAAACAAACCGCCUAGAAUGAACACAAGUACUGAAUACGGACUAACAGUCCUCUACCAACCGCCUAGCUCGGACGAUAUUACAUAUGACCUCAUCGCGGUUCACGGGCUUAACGGAGAUGCAAUAGAGACUUGGACCCACAAGCAGAGUGGAGUCAUGUGGCUUCGUGAUCUAUUGCCACAGGAGUUGCCAAACAUCCGUAUCAUGACAUACGGAUACAAUGCACGGUUCAACAAUUUUACCGGACACCAGGAUCUUAGAAACAUAUCCAUGAAACUUCUGUCCGAACUGGUCGAUUUGAGAAAGACGGAAAAGGAAUGCAAGAGACCUAUUGUCUAUAUUUGUCAUAGCCUUGGUGGAAUUGUUGUGAAGAAGGCCCUUCUCAUACGGUGCCCAAGGGAGCAGCAACAUGUACAAGAUGCCGCCUACGGGGUCAUUUUUCUAGCAACCCCUCAUAGUGGCAGUGGUGUUGCCGAUACAGGAAAGGUCAUAGCGAAUAUCAUCCAUGCUUGUUCCCCUUUCCGGCCGGCUCGCGGACUGCUGAGCUUGCUUCGCAAAGAUUCCAAAGUGCUAUUUGAAAUCACAGAAGACUUCGUGGAGAAAGCAGGGAAGUUACAAAUUGUAUCAUUCUUCGAGAUGGAAAUGACAAGCAUUGGGAUUUUCAAAAGACUGGUCGUUGAGCAGCGGUCGGCAAUCCUCAACAUCCCAAAUGAGAUCCCGAUAGGUCAAUUCGCUGAUCAUCGAAAUAUUGCACGAUUCUCAUCUGUGAAGGACCGAAACUAUAGACCGGUAGUUACUCGCUUACUCAAGUUUAAACAAGAUAUCACAAGAGCACUUACUAGUCCCGCUAGUUGCUCGCGAGAAGAACAAUUUUCGAAACUUGAUAUGGACACAGAACUUGUAUUUGAUGUGCCGUUCGAUAGGUGUACUUCAUUCCGAGGAAGACAACAACUUCUAGACAAUAUGGACAAGUAUUUCAGUCAGUCUAGUUCGGAUAGACAGUUGAUAUAUGCACUGACUGGCCUCGGCGGAACUGGUAAAACACACAGCGCAUUGCAGUACGCUCUGCGUAAUCGUUUUAGAUAUAAAGAUGGUGUGGUAUUUUUCAAUGCCACUUCAAACACUACGUUGAUGGCCGAUUUCCAGCGUAUCUGUGAUUUGCUGCACCUGGGUAAUACACCUGACAAGAUAGAAUUCUUGAGAAAGUGGUUCGCCAGACCCAGAAAUACUCAUUGGCUCAUGAUCUUCGACGGCGCAGAUGACCUGGACUCUGUCUCACUCUCAAAGUAUUUUCCGGUCUGUUCUUGGGGUCACAUUAUCAUCACAAGUCGCGAUCCAGUAGCCGUCGGUGUCCUUGCUCCUGCAGGUCAAGCCGUGGAACCCCUGGAUGAGCAUGCUGCCAUAGGUUUACUCCUUGAAAAAGCUGCUAUCAGUGAUAUGACGCAGGAUAAUCUCGACCAGGCUAAUGCUAUUGUAAGAAAGCUGGGAUACCUUCCGCUGGCAAUCGAUCAAGCUGGUGCUUUUAUCCGGAGACGACAGAAGUCGCUGAGAGACUAUCAGCGCCUCUUUCAAGAAAAGCAGUACGAAAUACUCAAGAUCAGUCCUGGAAUAAGUGGUUAUGAUAACACCGUGGCGACUGUCUGGGAGCUGAACUUUCGUCAACUUGAAAGAGACGCUCCACGAGCUUCAGGCCUUUUGAUACUUUUCUCAUACCUCGAGGGCGGUAAUAUCACCGAUACAAUGCUCCGCAGAGCAUGCUCAAUGAAAAAGGUGUGGGGCCGCGACGGGGAAAUCGCCCAUAUCACACCCAAAGAGACAGGUCUCAACCAAGAAUUGACCACUCUCCUCGGGGAUGAAAUGCAACUGGAUGAAGAACUUGGGCAUCUGCUUGGGUUCUCAUUGAUUCAGAGAAAUACCACGGGAACUGAAGGAAAGGCGAUAUCGGUUCACCCUCUCGUUCAGGACUGUGCAACUCAUAGAGUUGCUCAGAAAGAGCGUGUAAAAUGGCAGAUACAAGCUAUUUUGCUAGUCGCUCAUGCAUUUCCUUUCAGUGUAUAUGUUGAUGAUGAUUUUGGUGCUGUUGGACGAGAGAUGUUUGUCCAUAUCCCUCGGAUAUUGAAGAUUUUCGACCAAUUAGACCCUUCCGUCUGUAAUAACUACCUUGCUCUCAAGAAGGCUGUUACUAUUAUGCUCCUUUCUGCUGCAAGAUUCCGCUACUUUCCGUGGAAAAACGAAUGCAUUGACAGAAUAAAAGUUCUUCUGUCGAAUGAGAAAGAUUGUUAUUUGAAAGGAUGGGCUACCUGUGUCGAGAGCAAAAUUCUUCGUUUGCAAGGCAAGUUCAAGCAGUCAUAUACAGUUCUCGAAAACCAUAUCCACAGCAUAGCUUUGCCGGGGCUUGACGAGGCUCUGGUUUCGGAUGUGAGAUGGAAUGCCACGAAAGGAGAUAUCGUAGUCUCUUUUGCAGAGACUCUUAUCAGAGAGGGCGAUCUCCAACGGGCCCAAGAAGAGCUCGAUGUCUGGCAGCCCAUUCAUCCAGAUGCUCCAUCAUCGAUGGAGCUUCUGGUCUUACAAAGUCGUGAUGUGAUGAUCGGGAGGAUAUUACGAAACCAGGGUCGAUUUCAAGAGGCGCUGCCAUACUUGGAGCAAAUACUCAGUCGAUUUUCAGCAGAGGAUUACUACGUAAGUACUGGUUGGCAGAUGAAUCUAAUCUCGAAUAUCACCGCAUUGUACUGCGAGGUUGGAAGACCAAAGGAAGCAGAAACAAUUAUCGAGAAACCCCUUGAAAUAAGUUUUAAGAAUGGAUGGUAUAACAUCAGUACAGGGAGGCAAUUACGGCUCGGCCUCAUAGAAAGCUUUAUUCGACGUGGCUUGCUUAUGAGAGCUGAGCAGUGCUUGACAGAGCUUUUGUCAGUCGUCGAGCGAAUUACUGAUCCAGAUGUCAGCCAGACUACGCAGCAUUUUCGCGUGUGGGUCGGACUGGCAAGAAUCUCACACCUCCAAGGUCAAUUAGAUACUGCACUUGCUCGUUGGCAGCGUGCAUCAGAACUAUUGAGAAAAUCAGGUUGGGAUCGGGGUUUCAAUCAUGGUGUUGUUUUGUACUCCAUCGCUCAGAUCUUAUCACGGAUUGGUCGAUACGACGAGUGUCCACAUAUCAUGAAGCAAGCGCAGGAAAACCUUGCAGAUGAGAAGGGAAGAUAUUGGAUUGUGGGACUUGGCUCAUACUGGUAUGACUAUAUCGUGACCGUGCUAGGAAGUGAGGGGAGAAACCCAGUGAUUUUGUCUUCAUAG